AGGAGAGAGAGAGAGAAGAGGAGAGAGAGAGAGAUAGAGAGAGAGAAGAGAAAGGAGAGGGAGAGGAGAGAAGAGAAGAGAAGAGAAGAAGAAGAGAAGGAGGGAGAGGAGGAGGAAAGGAGAAGAGAAGAGAAGGGGAAGAAAAGAGAAGAGAAGAGAAGAGAAGAGAGAAGAGAAAGAGAGAAAGAGAAGAGAAGAGAGGAGAGGAAAGAAAAGAGGAGAGCAGAGAAAGAGGAGAGGAGAGGACAAGAAAGAGAAGAGAGGGAGGGAGAGGAGAGGGAAAGAGAAGAGGAGAGGAGAGGAGAGGAGAGGAUAGAGAAAGAGAGAAGAGAGGAGAGAGGAGAGAGAAGAGAGAGAGAAAGGAGAGGAGAGGAGAGAAGAGAAAGAAAGAGAAUGAGAAAGAGGAGAGGAGAGGAGAGGAAGAGAGAAUAGAAGAGAAGGGAAGAAAGAGAGAGAGAAGAGAGAAGAGAAAGGAAGAGAAGCAGGCAGAGGAGAGGAAAGGAGAGGAGAGAGGAGAGAAAGAAAAGAGAAGAAGAGAGGAGAGAAGAGAAGAAAGAAAGAGAG